GGCCUGCGAAGUACGGAAAAAGUACCAACUGGUACUAAAGAAUCAGAAAGACCUCUCUCCCCCACUCGGGUUCACCUGUUCGCUCGGACGCAGCUGGCUGUGUCCUUCCUCGGUCGUACCUUUCUUCUAGCUGUUUUAGUUUUAUUAGUCGUUCGGAGAGAUUCGUACCGUUUGUGUGUGGUACCGUAAAGUCAACGCGCUUGUUUUCGUACCGAUGAGUGUCGCGUAAUUCAUAGCAACAUAUGUAGAGAAUGAUUCAUCUUAUGAUAAUCUAAACGAGUGAUUAAUUUGGGGGGUUCUAGUCGAGAUAGUGCGGUUGAUAUUAGUGCUUUAACUAUUCGAUGUUGUGAUUUUAUUAGUACGCGAUGCGCUCCAACGAGAAAAGUACCGGAAAAGUGUAUAAACCUCCACCUCCAGUACCACCCAGACCGUCAAAAUCUCUGAUCCACGAAGCACUAGCAAAAACUAAACAUGGAAAUGAAACUACAGAGAGUGAUAAAAUGGUGGAUCGAAACAAAACGAAAUCUCCAGCCCGGCAAGCACCUCCACCCCCAUCGGAUGGCGUGGAUCAAGUCAAAGUCAUGUUAAAAAAGCAGAAUUACUACCAAGGAAACAUUGCUGUGGACAAGCAUAGUUGCAGACCUGUAGUGUACCUGUCUGACAACCUGAAAAGUCACCAAACGGACGUAAAAAGAACGAAUUCGAUCCUAAAACGAAACGACAGCUCAAAGAGAACUACUCAUAAUGACAUCAAUCAGAAUAAGGAAUCGAUAAUUUACAUAGGAAGAACAUCGGAGAAUAUUCAAACAAAUUUAAACAGAGUAGAGAGUUUUAAGAAUGAUAUCUGCCAGAGACCGCAAGUGAUCGAUAAAAAAGGUCCUGGUUUGAUACUUAAUAAUAAUUGUAAGAAAGUAGAAAUAGAGGAUACCGAGUGUUUGGCAGCUAAAGAGAAAGACGAAUUAAUGAAGAACAAUUUCGAUUCGAUUGGUGACGAUAAAUUCAGCGUGAUGCAUGACGGCAAAUGUCAUGAGGAUUACGAUAGUCGAACGAGUACCAUGGAAAGCGGCAUAUCCUCCAAACUCUCGGAUAACUGUGAUAGUUUACGUAGUACCAAAAACAACACUCCCGACGAUCAGUGGAGUAAAACUCUUAACGACAGAAACCACGUAAAUACUCUGAUCGAUGAGAUGUUCGCUUCGGUACUAGAAGUGAAUUCAAACAGCGACAGUAAUCGAUCGUCUUUAACCGAGAAUAUUAUAAAAGACGACAAUGAAAAUAAAAUAAUUAUUUCUAAUAACGUUGAAAAUUCUUCGGGGGACAAUAACUUAACUGUUAUCGUAAUUAGCGAUGAUAAUAGUAGUAGUACCACGUCUACUAAUGAACGCAAAGUUAAAUUCACCGAUCAACUAAACCAUGAGCAUCUUAUUGAUGAGUUGCAAAACAUGAAAAACGAUCAGGAGAAAAUAAUGAAACGGCAAAGAAUGCCAUCGGCGAAUUUGUAUGGGGAUGAAAAAAUAAAAAAUGACAAAGAGAAGAUUCACACUAACGAUUGGUACGGCGUGAAUGAUGGUAAAGAAGUGAAAAUGUCCAGUUGUCAUAUUACGAUUGAGGAGGAUAGGCGACAAAACGAUGAGGGAUUUGAAUUUGAUUAUAAAAGGAUAGCCAAAAUGUCGCAUUUACACGGUUUACCUCCUCUGCCUAAAUCCCUGUCGGGAUUCAAUUUCAUAGACGGUCAUUUACAAGGGCAACGACAAAAUCCGGCAACCCCGGUAAGGUCUAGUUCCAUACGAUCCAAUCAGGGACCUCAAAUGACGCCUAUGCAUCAUGUAUCAUCGACAUAUUCCAGUCAAUCGAUUAAUGACGGACUAAACACAACGAAAACAACGAAUAUGGAUACACAGUUAGCCAUUUUGAGACGAGAAAUGUAUAGUCUACGGCAACAAGAUUUGUCCCUGUUAUCACAACUGUGGUCGUUGAAUGAGUCGAUACAAGAUUUUCGACAGAUACUGCAAGACCAAGAUCAGGACGACCCUGUUCUGUCACCGCCAACUCGCUCGCCAACGCCCUCUAGUGCCGACGAAGAAGACUUUUACCUGAGCGCCGCUUCGACUGUCUACAAACAAUCCUCUAGUCUGAUUGGCCGAAAACUUAGUGGUAGUAGCGCGGCUAGUGGUAGUGUAGGAUAAGAAAAAUAGUUAAAAACAUUUUCGGUGGAUUUUUCUAAUACCUACAUUAGUUUAAGGUUAUGUAAAAUAGUAUGUGAAUAUUUCCUAUUUUUUAUGUAAUAAGUGUUUCCAAAAAAAAUUGUGAAUUGAAGAUUUAAUAGUAAAGUAUUAACGUUAUUAACAAUAUUCAGAUAAAUCUGGUAAAACUGAAAUAUCAUUACUAAUUAUAAUACAAUACUCCUUAUAAAAACUAUAAUAUAUAGAUGUACAGUGUGUCAGAUAAAGUGCGCCUCAUAUGGAACUUUUUUAUUAAUUGAUUUCUUGGUCAAAUUUGACUGGGCAUUAUUUUUUUUUUUAAAUAACGCCAAAUCUAAUAAAGUUUUUGAAAAUUCGGCCACUGAACUCAAGGACUAUAAUAUAUUCUAAAAACAGUUCGAUCGCGUCAAAUCGUCGCCGUGGAUGUUUACGUCACUCAGAGACCUUCGCUCGUCCGUCAAACAUACAGUCUCUCCACAAAAAGUAUCAUUUUUACUCCUAAUAAAACAAUAUACUAUUUUUUUCCAAACGUCACCAAAGUAUUAAGUUAUUGUGACGAUAUAAAAAACUCAUUUUAACGCCUAGCUAUAAAAGUAAGCACUUUUACGCCUAAGGAAAAGUAUGAAAAUAUAUUCUUAAACUGGCCUAAAGUGUGAAAUUCAACGAGCGUAACCAUAGACUCUGCCAUAGUUUCUAGAUAUAUAAUUACUUACAAGGUAUUACUUUUAAAUAUCUUUAUAUUAUUUGGAACGUUUGAAGUUGUUUAAAAUAUUUAUUUGUGAUGUUUGAAAAAAAAAGCAUGUUCUAUUCGGAGUAAAAAUAACUUUUUGUGUCUCGACUGUAUGUCAAACGUACAGCCUCGCCACAGAAGUAUCAUUUUGGCCCCUAAUAAAGAAACUGAUAGUUUACGACGUAGGAAUCGAACUAUCCUUAUCUCUAUAGUAUUCUUGCACUGAACUAACUUUUCAACGAUUUAUUAAUUUAAAUGUCAAAUUUGACAGAUCCUCGAAAACAGCAUGUUUAAUUUAAUGUCAUUUUUAUUGCAAUUUAAAGCAGAAACUAUUGUCGAUGUCAAAUUUCACCCAAGGACGUGCACAAAAAAAGGCCCAUAUAAUUCGGACUUUAUCUCUGAUACUGUACAAAUAUUCUAUGUAACUAUUACAAAUGAGAACAUUUUUAAUAAUCUAGCCAAAAUACCAGACAAUUUUCAUUCAUAAACUGUAUAUUUUACUUUGACAACACUGUAUGAUUAAAAAAGGCGCCGCGUUUAAGUUUUUGUAGAAAUGCCGAGCGAUAUCAUUCACCAUAUAAUUUUACAUAUAAAAUGUCAUCGUUAGUAUUUCUAUGAUAACUGACGCCGUUUAUAUUUUCAUCAUAUGGUAUAAUUUACAUCAACAUUCCAAAUUGUCACACCUUGAUAUGAAAAAAAAAUGAAAUGUUAGCUUAAUUUCAAAUAGAUAUAUUGUAAAUACUUCUAAAGUAAUUUAUAAAAUAUUACCUGUAAUUUUAAUGAAAUAAAAGUGUUAAUUUUA